AUGGCGGCGGAGCUGCCCAAGUUCAUUGCCUCCACUGAGGAUGCCAGCCUGUCUCCUAGGACGGAGAAUCCAGAGCAAGGCAGUCUCCCCUCGUGCUCGAAGGAGACAACACUGGAAAAGAACACGCAGGACACAGCUCACACUGACACGGAGCUCGAAUCCUCCAUGAUGCAAAAAAUCACCCUGUUGGAACAAAAAAUAGCAGAACAAGCAGAAGAAAUCCAACUGAAGGAUAGGAGGAUUGCUGAGCUUGAAGAGAAGAUGAAGACUCUUCAGAAAGAAGAAGAUGCUCCUGACUCAUGCACAACAGAGGAACUGGAAAUUAGGUGCCUUCAGCUGCAGCUCCAGGUCUGGGAGAUGGAGCGGUUUCUGAACGACUAUGGUCUGAUUUGGGUUGGAGAGAGACAUGAAGAACUGGAAGAUGUAGAAUUGCUCAAGGAUGAAGAAGAGCUGCCUGGAAGGAGCUUCUGGAAGCCAGGUGAAGCAGUUGUUCCCCAACACCACAUUGAUUUUGAUUUAAUCUUGGAGAAGGUGAAGGAUCUGAACUUGCUGGCUGGAGAGGGCAUUUCUCACAUCGAGCACACGCCUGGGGGGGCUCGGCUGAGACAGCGGGAACCCCUCCCUCUCACACUGUAUCAGAAUGGGAUUGUCAUGUUCAACAGAGCCUUCCGGCCCUAUGAGGACCCAUCCACACAGCAAUGCCUACAGGAUAUUAUGGAUGGCUAUUUCCCUUCGGAGUUGCAGAUGCAUUACCCUGAUGGCAUCCCAUUGCAGGUCACUGACAGAAGGGACGUGGUGUUUCAGGAGAGACACCUUCCAGGGAGUUUCCCCGGUCAUGGCCAAGUGGUUGGCCACUCAAAAUCAAGUGAGGUGCAGGAAACCACCGAGAUCCCAGGUCCUAAAGUCUCCCUGGAGCAGCUUCUCAAUGAGCUUUCCAAACCCUUGAAACAUGGAGGAGAAGCAAUUGGUGCCCACAACUCAGCCAGAGCAGCACAGCAGGGCUCUGACCGGGUGCGGAGCAGCAAAGAGAUCCUGGUGGAGACACCCAGGCUGCCUGCCCUGGAGAGGUACAGGGUGAAGGUGGCUGAAGAGGCUGAGGCUCCUGCCCCUGGUGUCUGCGCUCUCCGCAUCAAAUCAGAGAGCGGGGAGCAGACAUACACGGUCAAGAUGCUGUUCACAGAGACCAUCGGGGACCUGCGCCAGCACCUCGGCCGGGCCAGGGGUGGAGACUCCAACUCCUAUGAGAUCAUCAGUACCUUUCCCCAGAGGGUGUACACAGACAACUCACGGAGCCUGCAGGAAUGUGGCCUGACCCCCAACGCCUGCUUACUGCUGCAGAGAAGAGACCCUCACCAGCAAGAGGGCUGCAAGCAGCUUAACAACUCCUAGCAAGAGCUGCUCACCCAAAUUCUGCAAGAGGAAGGAGCUGCCUUGCACUGUUAGCUCUGUUAUAACCUCCCCUAGCUGGGAAAAGAGGAGAGGGGUGACUUUCCAGACUUAGUUUCAUUGUGCCAUUACCUGGGACAGAUUGAAGUGCUCAGAGGCAGCGCGUGGAUGCUCUUCUCCAAGGCCACUGGGCUCCUAAUGCAGGGGCAUUUCUGUCAGCUCAGACCCAAGCCCAGUUUCCUCAUCUCUGCUGAAGGUUACACAGGUUGACCCCAGCCCAGGGAAGGCCACCAGCUUUACACACUGGGGUCCUGGCCAGUGGCUUAGCUCAGGGAUUCUCUACAGCAGCAGGACAGACAAACAGCCAGGGUCAGUUUGCUUUCCACGCACAGCUGCUCCCCAGCGAUUUCACCUGCACUUACACCACGAGAUAAACAGGCUCAGUUAUACGGUCCCUGGUGAGGCUAAACCAAGAGGCCUUGAGCCGUAGCAAGGUUGGGACUGAGCCAGGCUCGGCUCAGCCAGGAGAUCCUGCUGCUGGGUUUCCUGUGCGUGAACAACUCCUUCCCUUGGACAGCCCCCAGCUGCGGCGGGGCCCAGGCUCGCAGCCACAGCGAGCUGCCAGCCCGGCUCCCUCCCUCCCUGCUGCAGCCAGGGGCUGGAUGCUGCAACAGGACACCGUGUCAUUGGAGAAGAGCAUAAUCCCUCUGAUGCUUCCCUGCUGAAGCCUGAAUAAAGCAUCUUCCUCCCUCUCCCGUGGGCUGGGGCUGUGCUCUGCAGGCCCCUUUCCAGGCACAUUCUUGCCUUUGCAGCUGUGACAAGCUCCCACUUGACUCUCAGCUGACAACACUCCCACUUGUGUGAGGCAGCAUCUCCUGGCUGGUUCCCUUUCAGCAGAGACCCAGCUCUCAUUCAAAGCUCCCACAAACCCACCGAUUUAAGUUGCAGUUUCCAGUUCCAUUAGAUUUCAAGGGUGCAGUUGCUGCGGGAGGGGGCAGGAUACCCAGAGCUCUUCCCAGAUCACUCCAACCAGAGCCAGACCCUGCACAACCCAAGCACAGGAAGCUCCACUCCUCCAAACCAGCCACUUCCACAGGCUCCCCAUGACUCAAUCCCCACAGCUCCAAGCUAGUUUCCUUCCUUUCCCACCUAUAGCAGUCAUAGGAGCGUAUGGGACCCUCCUAUAGGGCAGCCUUUUCCACUGCCUCUCUACACCCUGGUCUGUAACCAACCAGGUCAUCUUUGUGCCUGGCUGAAGCUGUUCUCCCCUGGGCUGCUGCUCUUACCACAUAGAAAAGAACACUUGAGAGAGGUACCUGUCACUACCGAGCUGUAGGAUAUUCAGACAAGUCCUGUGAGCCUUUGAUAAGCAGCAGACAUCUAAGGUGUUAAGAUGUUUGUGUCAGGCUGCAUCAGUGAGUACAACAACUCGGCUUCUCUGAGCUGGAAAUGGCUCAGAAUCAUUAUGUAGGGCGAUGUUUAACCUGUAGUCAAAAUAAAACCAGAUUU